CCUCAAUUUUGACAUGCAGUGUAUGACUGUCAAUUAUCAGGACAGAAGGAGGUAAGUUCAACCAGUAUUACUUGGUGGAAGAGUUUUAUUUAGUCUCCUCUUUCCUCUGUAGUGGUGGUUGUUAAUUGUGUGACACCUCUCAAUCAGAUUCUAUUGCUUCAACAGGAACACGAAAUCAACUUCCUGAGCCAUCGGCAGCUCAGCUGCCACACAGAGCACAGGAAUCUACAAUAGUCUCUGUGAUGGUUUCCACCAUGAUGUGCAGCAGGGUGACAUUACACGAGCCCCAUAACGGAGACUACAGGAGUCCUAUGAGAAUUGACCCUCGCAGGAACUCGAUUCCCCCAGCAAAGACUCUCACAGCCAAACAUCUCCUGGCAUACCUCCCUAGACCACCCCCAGAGUCAACGCGCUUCACCCCAUAUCCAAAGAAGGUACCUAUUGCAGAGAGUACAUUUUGUUCAUUUGUGUUUUGGGAUAUUGUUCAGUGGGUUGUGUUUACAUUGGACACUGUUUUCAGCACAAAUACAUUGUAGAUCAUGUAUGUAAUGUACGAUUAAGUCAAUUGAUUGUUAUAAUUUUAAAAAUUCAGGUUGCAGCAAAAACCAACAUGGCCGUGAUGAUGCUCCAGUCCAGAAGAGUCUCUCUCUUCCCCAGCUCAGAUAACAACUAUGACAACUUCCCAGCUCUCCCACCCCAGCCAGCUCGCUCUGCAUCCCCCCAGUCACAUCCCAAGAGCCCAGCCCCCCAAAGGGUUGUUGCAGGAUUGAUCAGCCAGGAGGUAGACACCUGCCAGUACAUCAUUCCCACUGAGGAGCCAGAGGAGCCUCCCACUCCUCACCACGCUCACCGCAGACGCCACCUCAAGCGCUUCAGCUCCAGGUGGUACUCAGGCGCUCCUUUUGGAGGCCCCUUUGGUAGCACCCGUAGCCGCAACCACGGCACAAGUGGUGAGAACAAGCCGCGCUGCAAACUUCUAGGUGAAGAGAGGCCAAAUUACGGUACCGCCAACAAGCAGCGUCAACGCUACGUCACCAAAGACGGGAAGUGCCAGGUGAACCUGGGCCCCAUCGAGGACAAGAGCCGUUUCCUCUCUGACAUCUUCACCACUCUGGUGGACCUGAAGUACCGCUGGUUCCUCUUUGUCUUUACCAUGUGCUACAUUGUUACGUGGGUGGCCUUCGCAGAGAUCUACUUCCUAGACGCCUGGCUGCGGGAUGACGUGGCCCACGUCCACGACCCGCAAUGGCAGCCUUGCUUCGAGAACGUGGACAGUUUCAUCUCCGCCCUGCUUCUGUCGGUGGAGAGCCAGAGGACCAUUGGCUACGGCUCCAGAUUGGUGACAGCCAACUGCAUGGAAGGUGUGGUUCUCCUUAUGGCCCAGUCUAUCAUUGGCUCCAUCAUUGACGCCCUCAUGGUCGGCUGCAUGUUCGUCAAAAUGUCCAGGCCUCAGAAAAGGGCCCAGACUCUGAUCUUCAGCAAGCACUGUGUCAUAUCGGAGCGUGACGAGAAACUCUGCCUUCUCUUCCGCAUUGGAGACCUGAGGGCGAGUCACAUGGUGGACGCCAAGAUUCGAGCCAAGCUGAUCAAGUCCAGACAGACCAAGGAAGGGGAGUUCAUACCGCUGGAGCAGUCAGAGAUCAACCUGGGCUACGAUACUGGAGGAGACAGGCUUCUGUUAGUCGAGCCUCAGACCAUCACCCAUGUCAUCAAUGAGAGCAGUCCCUUCUGGGAAAUAGGGGCUGAGCGUCUGACAAGAGAGAGAUUUGAGAUCAUCAUAAUUCUGGAGGGAAUAGUGGAGGCAUCAGGUUGGUUUGCUUUGAAUGUUAGAAUGUGAUAUCUAAAUUAAUUUGAACAAGUUUUAAUGCCUUCAUGUCUGUGACUGUAACAUAAGAGCUAGAUGUGUAAAGAUUAAACGUUUCAUAAUUGCCUUGAUGUGCUGUCUCCUUUGUGUUGUAGGUAUGACAUGCCAAGCCAGAACCUCCUAUACUGAGGACGAGAUUCUGUGGGGCCACCGAUUUGAAUCCUGCAUGUCUCUGGAAAAGGGGUCUUACCGGGUGGACCAUGGUGCAUUUGACAAAACCUUCCCAGUACAUACCCUCACCCUUAGUGCUAAAGAGAAGAGUGAUGAAAAAGAAGAAGAGGUCCUCUUUUAGAUCAGAGGAUUGUACUAUUCACACUCCGCAAACAGCCCUUCUAUUAAUGGAAUUUCAAGGCCAAUACAUCUUGUGAAUGCCUAUGUUUUCCUCCCUAAGAUGAACUUUCCUGUUCUCUAAUAUUGUGGACAAACAUUCUUCAAGAGUUAGAGUUAGCAUGCUAAUCUACAGUGCAUUCGGAAAGUAUUCAGACCCCUUGACUUUUUCCACAUUUUGUUACAUUACAGCCUUAUUCUAAAAUGGA